UAAGUCCUUAACGAGAUGCCGUCCCUUUCCCGUUACCAUGGCAACACAAACAGCACUGUAGCUUUAAGGAUGGUUAACAAAAGUCUCUCCGAGUUGUACAAAGCUGUCUGCGUCGAACAUCAGAUAAAACUAAACCCAGACAUUUUAGAAGUCUUGGAGAAGACCAAGGUAUCAGAGAAUUUCACCUUAAAACUGACAGGUAACAACAGACUGAGACACAUUCAGAGACUCAACGAUGGUGAUGCCCUUGUCGUCUCUAAAUGUCUGCAAAACAACAAGUGUGUGACUGGCCUCGACGUGAGGUACAACAACAUAACCAAUGAAGCAGUUAAACAUCUUGUCGACCUCUUGCAGCAGGACAAGAACUCAGCUCUGCGCACUUUAGACUUGAUGUUCAACAACAUUGAGUCAGAUGGAGCUGAAGUCCUUGCUAACUGUCUGCAGUGUAACUGCAGCUUGCUCACUCUCAGACUGUCAGGUAAUAAGAUCAGGAACAGAGGAGGUAUGCACCUGGCCAGCAUGCUGCAGGUGAACAACACACUGCAGGAGCUGGAGAUGGCUGACUGUGACCUGGUAAGCACAGGUUUUCUCACACUGUGUGAGUGUGAGCACUCCCAGCAGGUGGCAGUGUCUCUGAGCUUUUUUCUGUCCCUGCAGGCCACUCAGAGUGUGAUUGCGUUCAGCAUCGUGUUGAAAAGCAACAAGGCUCUUCGCUCUUUUGAUAUCAGCCGGCCGCUCCUCUUCAGCCAUCAGGAGGAAUGGGCGGUGCGCUUCUCUGAGAUGCUGGCAGUGAACAGCAGUCUGGUGGAGCUCCACCUGGGGAAGAUGGGCAUGACCAACACUGGAAUGGAGAAGCUGACUGAAGGCCUGAGGCUGAACCGCAGCUUGCGCUUUUUGGACUUGCGCUGUAACCGUGUGACUCAGGAUGGUGUGCGUCUUCUUGCUGAGGUUCUGAAGCAGAAUACGGCUCUGGAGAUUUUAGAUUUGUCAUCCAAUCGUAUCGAGGAUGAAGGUGCCGUCUACCUGAGCGAAGCCAUCACCUGGCCAGGAUGCACCCUGAGAGAGCUGUCUGUCAUCAGCAACAACAUCAGGACAGAGGGUCUGGUGUCUUUGGCUCAGGCUUUGAAAGCAAACGCAACACUAACACACAUCUACAUCUGGGGAAACCACCUGGAGCAGCCCGUUUGCCAGGCCUUCGGAGAGCUGAUAUCCAGUGGCCGCCUGUCACCAGAGCAGACAGACGUCAGUCCCUACAAGGUGGACAGUCAGGUGUUUCUCGCGGAGGUUUUCCAUAGUUUGAGGAAACGCUUUUAUAGUAUGGACACUAACAGUUCAGACACAUGCUCAAACUCUGACACCUCUCUAGUGAAUGCGACAGGCAUGUCCACCGACGUUGCAGGAACGAGCCCCGAUGCCCCACUGGUUCCUCUGCAGUCCUACUGGUAAAAAGUAAAUUCAAAGCUCAUACAACAACAAAUGGAUGUCAGA